AUGUCAGCCAGAGCAGAGAAGAUCGGGUCUCUGUUGUUUUGUCCUCACUGUGGGACUUUGCUGGAUUUCCCAAAAGACAGCGAGCCUAAUGUGACCUGUGUUGAGUGUAGUCAUCAAGAACCUGCAAGCUCGUACGAGGAUAUCGAAGUUACUACAAGGUCGCAUCCAGACGCUUUCCCCUCCCCAUUGAGACAAAAACGGAAGACUCAGACGAAAGCUCACGAAUCGGGCGACAAGGGAGCUUUGGUUGACGAAAAAUGUCCCACAUGUGGAAAUCUGAAAGCAUACUUCAAAGAGUUACAGUUGCGUAGUGCUGACGAAGGUGCAACAAUCUUCUACACAUGCACUGCAUGCCAACAUGGUUGGCGUGUCAACAACUGA